AUGGAAAAGGCACUGCUGGAUGCAGAGCUCUGUGCCAUCACCGCCUCAGUCCCAUCCUCACUCUCUGCUCUCCUUGCCCCUUUUUCCAGGAUUUUCAUCCCCAAAAAACACCGGCAGCGCUUCGAUGAGGUGGUGUCACAGAGCCUGAUCAGCAAGCUGUGCCGCUCCAAGAGUGAACAGCACAGCAACCGCCUGCGGCGCAGCCGGAGCGAGGACCACCAGGAGCGGCUGCUCGUGUCCACCCGUGCCAGCUCUGUGCCCCGCAGCCACGAGGAGCUCAGCAAGAGCCUGCGGAAAACCACCUCGCUCAUCACCAGCAAUGUGGCCUCGGGGGCUGCGCGCAGGACGGUGCGAGUUUACAAAGGCAACAAAAGCUUUGGCUUCACGCUGCGCGGACAUGCACCAGUGUGGAUCGAGUCUGUUCUGCCAGGGAGUCCGGCCGAGAAGGCUGCACUCAAACCUGGAGACCGAAUCCUAUUUCUUAAUGGCCUGGACAUGAGGAACUGCUCUCAUGACAAGGUGGUGUCGAUGCUGCAGGGCAGCGGGGCGAUGCCCACCUUGGUGGUGGAAGAGGGCAUCGUCAAUUUCUCCAGCGACUCUGACUCUGCCGACUCCCCGACCAGCUCCUCUGCGCUCACCUCCCUGCAGUGGGUGGCAGAGAUCCUCCCCUCUAGCAUCAAGAUUCAAGGGAGGACCUUCAACCAGCAGCUGGAGCACCUGCUCACCCCACCUGAGCGCUAUACCAUCUGCAAAGCGCUGGAGAGCUUCUUCCAACAUCGGAACAUUGACACUCUUAUUGUGGAUGUAUACCCGGUGCUGGACACACCAGCCAAGCAAGUCAUUUGGCAGUUUAUCUACCAGCUGCUGACGUAUGAAGAGCAGGAGCACUGCCAGCAAAAGAUUGCCAGGUUUCUUGGUUACAAGUCCUUGGCAGCUGAGCCCGAGGCAGAGGAGCGCUACCGCAGCUCAGUGCGAGGGGCAUCCUUGUGCCGGAGCAGCCUCCGGACCAACCGCCCCGAGAAGGGGGGCUGCAGGUGGGUCUGUCUCUGUUCCCCAGCAGGGCAGAGUGACACCGUGGAGGUCCCGGUUCGCCUGAUCCCUGGAGAGAGGCAGGCUGGCGAUGGCACAUCCCUGCCAGAGACACCCAACCCCAAAAUGAUGUCGGCUGUCUAUGCAGAACUGGAGAACCGCCUGCUGGGCAGCUUCUCCAGCAAGGUGGGCAAUGCUGCCCUGCACCACGCAUCGUCCCCAGCCCCCGACCCGGCGCACGCUGCAGGUAGCGCCCGAUUUCCCUCAGCUCUGGAGAGAGGCAGACGUGGGGGGGUCUCCAGUGGCAGCAGGAACCGCCCGGCAGCGCCCUGUCCCGCAGGUGCCCGCAGAUCGGGGGUGCCCGUCUCAUGGCCAAGCGACCCGCUGGCCGCCCAGCAGUGCUACUACCGCCUGCACAGCAGCCUGCAGUCCCCGAGCAGCACCGAGUCCAAUCCCUACGUCAGCCUGGACAGCAGCCCGGCCCCAUCCCCCCAGCACCGGCCCUACCCGCUCAGCCCGCUGUCGCGGCGCAAGAAGCUCUUCACCUUCUCCAGGCCGCCGCGCAGCCGCGACACCGACCGCUUCCUGGACGCUCUCAGCGAGCAGCUGGGACACCGUGUCACCAUCGUGGAUGAUUUCCUCACCCCCGAGAAUGACUACGAGGAGAUGAGCUUCCACGAUGACCAGGGCAGCUAUGUCACCAACGACGUCAGCAGCAGCGAGUACAUCAGCAGCAGUGAUGAGGGCAGCUCCCUCACCUACUCCACGCUGUCGGACCACAUCCCCCCACCUCCGCUCAGCCCCCCCCCUCCGCCGCCCCUGCAAUUCCAUGACCCCCAACCUGUCCCUGCCAAGGCCGAGCCCCCAAAGGCCAGCACCUCUCCUGCCCCCAAGCCCCUGGUGGGCCACCUGCACCCUGUUCCGCCUCCGCCGCCCCCCCCGCCUCCCCCACCUGUGCCCUGCGCUCCUCCCCUGCACCGGGGGCUGCUGCACCGCCGGAGUGAGACCAACCACAUGAGUGUCAAGAGGCUGCGGUGGGAGCAGGUGGAGAACUCGGAGGGGACCAUCUGGGGACAGCUCGGGGAGGACUCGGACUAUGACAAGCUGAGUGACAUGGUCAAAUACCUGGACCUGGAGCUUCAUUUUGGGACGCAGAAGCCAACCAUUUCUCUUCCAGAGCCAACUUUCAUGCCUGAAACAUUUAAAAAGAAAGACGUGGUCGAAAUUUUGUCCCACAAAAAGGCCUACAACACAUCCAUCCUGAUCGCCCAUCUGAAGCUCUCACACAUGGAACUGCGUCAGAUCCUCAUGACGAUGGAGACGGACCGCCUGGAGCCUUCCCACAUCAAGCAGCUCCUGCUGUAUGCCCCGGAUGGAGAGGAGGUGCAGCGCUUCCAGAGCUACAAGGAGAACCCCGGCAAGCUGAGCGAGCCUGACCAGUUCGUGUUGCAGAUGCUGUCAGUACCAGAGUACAAGAUCCGACUGCGCAGCCUUCACUUUAAGACCACUCUGCAGGAGAAGACAGAGGAGAUCAAAGCGAGCUAUGAAUGUAUUUGCAAGGCCUCUCUGGAGCUGAAAAGCAGCAAGAAGCUGGCGAAGAUCCUGGAGUUUGUGCUGGCCAUGGGAAACUACCUGAACAACGGGCAGCCCAAGACCAGCAAAACGACAGGCUUCAAAAUCAACUUCCUCACAGAGCUGAACACAACCAAGACCGUUGAUGGGAAAUCAACCUUCCUGCACAUCCUUGCCAAAUCUCUCAGCCAACACUUCCCAGAGCUUCUGGGCUUUGCCAAGGAUCUUCCCACAGUGCCGCUCGCUGCCAAAGUGAACCAGAGAACACUGACAGCCGACCUGAAGGACCUUCACACCACUGUCACUGACAUCCAGAAGGCCUGCCACAGCAUGCCAGCCACCGCCGAGGACCGGUUCGCCGUGGUGAUGACCUCCUUCCUGGAGAGCGCGCAGCCUGCCAUGCGCUCACUGGACGACCUGCAGCACAGGGCCAUGGAAGAGUUCAGCAAGGUGCUCUCUUUCUUUGGGGAAGACUCCAAAAUGACAACUUCAGAAGCUUUCUUUGGCAUUUUUGCAGAAUUCAUGAGCAAGUUUGAGCGGGCGCUCACGGAUGUGCAGGUUGGAGACAGCCAGCGCAGCCCCAGGAUGACAUCCCCCCUUGCCUGGUGACAAAAUGAGGUGCAAGGAUUCAUUGCCAAUGAAGUGCAAUUUGCUCCUAUUGAGUUUGGUUGUAAAUAGGCUGCUGCCACCUGCUACCAUCGAGCAGAACCGCAGGGGCUGGGGCGGCCUGUAUGCUGAGCACACAUGUGGAUGGCUGCAGAUGGAGACGGGGCUGAGACACUGGUGCACAAAGGGAAACACUGCUGGUUUGAUGGCAUCCUUCCUAGCAUCCUUCAUUUCCAGUGUAUCACAGAAUCAAGGACUGCAGACACAUCUGGGUGAAACCCCGCUGCCCUGUGCUCCCAUGGCACACACUCCUGGCACCAGUGCUCACUGGAGCCCUGUCACUCAUCCCCAUGGCCACGUUCUGUGUGGUUGUGCAAGGUCCCAGCCUCUCAUGCAGGAUGUGUCCCCAGUGUUCCCUUUGCAGGUGCAGAGCCCUGAUGCCAGGUGCCUGAGCUGGAAGCACCAGGGAUGGGGUACACUGUGCAGAAAUGCUGAGGCGAUGGGAAGAAAUGAGACCUUGCAGAACCCCAGUGGCACAAUAUGUAGUCUUAAAUGAGGAUCCAGGCUGGUUUUGCCCAGCUGCUCAGGGGAGCAAGAAAAGCCCCACAGCCCUUCCUGGCCAUCAGCUUUGCAUAAGAGUUUGUCAGUGACUGACAGAAAUCUUCCCAAUAAUGUAAUAUCAUCAGCACCAGACUUAUUCAAACUCACCAGGAGCCAGGGAUCCCUGAGCAUUUUGGUGCCUCCUUGGAAAGCACAAAAUCUUUGGUAGCUUAAAAAUGAACGGGAGCCCUCUGAUGCCCUGGUACUGCCCUGAGAGCAGCAGAGAGCAGCCAGAAUGCACCCCGUGCCUUCUGGAACCCGCUCCCAGGGCUGGGGGAUGUACAAUGACUUGAGCAGUCCAUGCAGGCUGUAUCAGGGGCCUGAUGCACACCCAUCCUGCAGCAGCGGCUGUUUGCUAUAAUCAAGGCAAUUCCCCGCGAGAUGUCCCGGGACAAAGGGCUAGCAGCACCCUGCACUCCAUGCACGUGCCUCCAGACCACGCAGCACCCGUGAGCUUUGCGGCACAACACCGCAGUGCGUUACCAUGGCGAGGCACUGCUCGGUGCACAGUGCAGCCACUGCUGUGCACGUCCCACCCUCCUGAGCCCCCACUCGCUGACGCCUAGGUGACCCCCCCAUGCCGAUGCCAGAGUGAGAGCUCUUACUGUGCUGAAAUACACAAUUACCAACCGGUGCAUUAUUUAUGGGAGACCUUAAAACCAUCAAUUCUUCUGUUUUCAAUAUUUUUUUAACCCUUCUCCCCACGUGUUUUUGGUUUAUACAGCUGUAAGUGCCAGGCAGUUCCCAGCCUUGUGCUGUCAGAGCUCUUCUCUCCCCCAGUGACGGUGCAGUGCAAUGCGCACCCAUCUCCACUUUACGGUUUGGAUGCUCUCACUGCAUUCAGGUUUUUGGUUUUGUUUUUGUUUUGUUUGUAAAAAUGUAUUAAAAAUUCAAACCGCUGGAGGCUAUUAUGCAACCAUCAUUAAAAAUGUGAAACUGCCGUAUAUAGAUUUUGCUACAUGUUGUAACUUUCCAGGAUAGCUAGAGCCCCAGCCCCCUUGGUAUUUUUAUGUGAAUAUUUUCAAAGACCCAGAACUUCUGAGAUACGGUUAUAUCAUUUGAUAAUGGGACUGUGUGUAUUCAUGGUUCAGUCUCUACCUGAUGCCUAUGUGCUGUUCCCCAAAUAAAGCCGCUGCCUUCUGCCUCCUGGCUGCAUGUACAUCUCCGCUCCAUUGAAAACUGCUUUGUACAACAGCUGCAGAUGAAGCUGAGAGGAAUUCUGCAUUUGGCACUUGUGUGGCUGCACACCUCAGUAUCAGUCCCUUGACCUGCACUGUGGAGGUGCAUCAUCUGACCCUGUUGGUAUGGGGAGAGUUACUGCGGUCAUGUAGAAAAGUUAUUUGUGAGCAGAAUUCAAGCCAGUACGAUGAAUAUCAGCAGCAAAUUCUUAAAAUAGUAGGGAUUUUUUUCUCAGCCUUCGGAAGAAAACAGCUGUGCGUGUGUGAGCUAGUGAAUUGUUCCCCCUGAGAAGGAAUUCCUGGCUGCAGCUGAGGCAAUGUCCUUGGGGCAAUUUAUCUCUCUUUAUGCCACCAGCAGAGAGGCUGGACUGCUAUCAGAUCUCCUAGUUGCAGUUUAGCUUGUUUACAGCAGCCUGCUCCAUGGCAGCUGCUCCCUGGGGGCUCUGCACAGAGCUGGCACCAACCUGUGGGCAGAAGUCAGUCCUGGACACACGCACGUGCUAUGCCAAGAGCCUGGUGUUCCUUUAGCUGCCCUGCAAACCGCUGCAGACCGUGUCCCAUAGGCAGACGCUGAGUCUGAACCUCAGCAACACUUGCAAUGUGCUCUUUGGUUUGUCCCUGAUAACUCCACGUGUUAAGUAAUCCUUUCCCAGCCCCAUGCAGUGGGUGGGAACUCCCAACCCUGCCCAGCCCAUCCUCAGCACCACAACCUUGGCCGUGGGUCACCUUCUUGGGGAGUGUGUCCUUGGGAAGGAUCCAGCUACCAGGCAGCCCUGAGGUGACCCCAGGCUGCACUUCACAUGUGGGAAUACCCACGGGGUUCCACUCUUUCCUGCAAGAAAUGGGGAGGAAAUUAAAAAAAAAAAGAGCUGCUUCAGCAAAGCCAUGGUGAAGUCCUGGCCACAGCUCCAGCUGGAAGACUGGCUGGGAUAAACUAGCACCAGGAUGACCAGAUGAUCUCCAGAGGUCCCUUCCUCUGGAAACUCUGACGGUUUCCAAGCCAUGCUGGAACGUGUCUGAACGAGUCUCCUCUGUACCUUGUUAGAAGUGCCGUAAGCUGUGCUUUUUUUCCUGGACUGUGAGAGCUGCCAAAGGACAAACUGAAGUUUCAGCUACAGAGGGGAAAUGCUGGAAGUCAAAAAGUAUCACAGCUUGGAGGUAGCACAGGGCACUUGAGUGCUCGGCUCAUGGCCCCUGAGGUUCUGCGUUGUUCUAACACAAUUUAGGAAAUCCCAGUGUUUCCACAUUCUAGCAGAUCAAACGAAGGCACCUCCAGCCACAAGAUUGGUUCCAUCCAUCAGUGUGAUCUGAUCUAAAAGACGGGUUUUCCUACUUUCCUUCUGGCUUGCUUUGGUGUGCUUCUUUUCAUCACCACAUAUUUAACUUUCCUCCACUGUCUAUCUAGAAAAGCCAAAAGGAAAGGUGAAAGUUGAAAUUCUCGCUCUAACAGCGGAAGUUUUAAGAGAAGUGAGGUUUCUGAAAAGGCAGCACGGAGAGCUGGGACAUGACAUGGCACACAGGCUCUGCUCAAGGGCAGCCAGCGAUGGCAGUUCUGCCUGGCUGUUGGCUGCACCUGUGCCGGGCUGUGAGCUGCACCCCUACUUCUUGCCGCACUUUGGAAGGUCCCUUCAGCACCAUUCAGUGCAUAUAAUUUGACUGUGAACGCUUAUCCACCCUGAUCUCAGAAAGGAACUCAAUCCUGGGAUUCACCUACAGGCUCACAGACGGACCCCAGCCCACGGCUGAAUCCUGCCCUUUGUAAGGCUCAGGCACGCAUUCAGACGCAGGGCUGUCAGCUCCCUCCUGUGUCUUGUGGUGUCAGCCUG